AUGGCGGACUUUGCAGCCAGAAGACGAGAGAACAUUGAGAAUAACGCGCUUCUUCUCAAGGAUAUCAAACCCCUCAUCCCCAAGAAUGAGCCUCGUUCAGCCGAAACCAGGACCAGUAACAAAAACAACAAACGAAAGGCGAACCCACCACGCGCGCCUACAAGACAAUCAAGACGCAUAGCCGAAGCUGUGUCGAAACCAACAUAUGAUGAAGACGAUGAUGACCAAGUCAGCGGAACCUCAUCACGAAGAAGCGCUCCCCGCGUGAAAAGAGGCCACCAUCCUAGUCGAGCCCUUCCCAUUUCAGAUUCAGAUCAUGAAACAGACACUGAACCCUCAAAAGAUGUGGAGUCAAUCAUAGCUGGAUGGACUUCAUGGCAAUCUAAGAGCGAUGAACCGAUUCGCGACAUCGAUGGGACUUUUCGUUUCGAGUCGCAUCCUGAUUUCCGCCCAAACAAAUCACCCGAGGAGAUCAUUCGGGAAGGAAGCUUUGGUGGAUCCUACUGGCGACCUCUGUACUCAAAACGCCUAAAGAUUACUGUCAAGGAUGAUUGGAAAGAACUUCCAGAGUCAUGGACAGCCGGCUUGGAUGUGGAUUCAUAUCUCACCAGUACCACUUACGACCCAGAGAUCAACAAAUACGGAGUACAAUGUGGACAAAGCAUUGAGGAAUGGGAGGCAGCUGGUUGGAUCGCUCACGAGUACGAUGUCCGUGGCUGGUUCCAGUGGUACUGCCGAUUUUACAUGGGGCGUCGCUGUGACGAUGACCAGCGCCAGAUCAGCCGCUGGAAGAAAUGUGUAGGCGAGACUGGUCGCUGGCGAAGAAUCUUGCUCAAGAAAUAUAUUGCUCUUGGGAUACGGAGUGUCUUUGCUGACGAUGAUGGGGAGGAUGAGGAUGGACCUGAUGUGAGCCCUGUGGUACAUCAGACUUGCCAUCACUGGGCGUAUGAAGUCCGCCAGGACGCACUGGAUCGCUUCUGGUCUGAUGGGAAGUAG